AUGCCCAAGGAGGAGGAUCAGAAUCCUCAGCCGGCAGCUGCCGCUAGAGGAACUAUUUCGCCCGAGCUUGUCGAGAAUGCCGAUGCCAAGCCUGUCGAGGGAGGCCGACUCCCGGUCGUCUUGCUCUUGUCCACCUGGAUCGCUGGACGUGCGGCAGUGAUCUUCUUCGCGCGGCAGCCGUCGCACGACGUGUCGGCCUGGUUCGGCUCGGAGAAUGCUUUCUACUAUUCGUUUUACAGGCAAAUCUUGGAUUCAUCGGAGAGUCUCCUGGCUGACAGGCUGAGCGAGGCACCGGACACCAUCAACGCGCUGCACCGGUUCAACAUCUACCAAGAGGUGAGCUUGGCGCUGCUGUACCAAGGCCUCCAGUCCGUGACCGGCAGUCUUCCGUCUGCUGCUACCUUCUACUGCUGCGGGGUGUACGUACUGUAUGGCGGCGGAGUGUUCGCCCUCCUCUGGAUGGCCGGAAGCAUUGACGCGGCGCUCUUGGCUGCCGCCUUGUACAUCAGCUGCUUGCAGGAGUGCAGCCACGUGUCCUUCAUGCCUCCGCUGCGCGAGAACUUCGCCAUGCCGCUGUGGUUUGCAAGUUGUGCGGCGCUGCAGGACCUGCAUCAACGGCACCAGAGGAGAGCCGUCACGCUGGGCGACAAGCUUCCCCUCCUGCUGAGCCUCACGGCAUUUCUACUGCUCUGGCAGUUCUCUUGCUUCGCGCUCUUGCUGCAGGCGGGUGCUCUCCAUGCGAUGGCCCUGCUGCAACUGACCUCGGCUGGAUUUCUGGCAACGGUGUCGCAGCUGUACGUGUGGUCGAUCCUGCUCAGCUCCUGCCUUCGCUUCGGCGAUCCGUGGGUGAUCAGGUCCCCCUUGUUCUGCAUCUCCGCCGCCUCGGCCAUCGUCUGCUGGUUCCUCCGCACGCGCAGGCCAUGGCGGCGACUGCUCACUGGCCUCCUGUCAUGGUUCGCCAUUGCCGCGCUGCUACGGCUCACGCUGCCCUCCACAGAGGAUGAUGCGCACAUCCAGAACUUCCUGCACUUCCGACUUCAGGGGCCGAUGCACCAGUUGUUCCCCAGUGUUGUGGAUGCGCCGGCAAAGCUGGACUACCACGCAUCCCUCUACGCCGGCCAGCGGAGCUUCAGCUCACCGUCGCUCCAGGAGCUCCCGAAGCCGCUGUUUGCGGCGGGUGCUGCUGGCGCAGGCCUCCUUGGUUUGCUGAGCUCCAAGCACUCGGACUUUUCCGCUGCCCUGCGGCAGCUUGAUGGCAUCCAUGAGCAGGGCUUGCCGUGA